AUGGUUGAUGUUCGAUAUUAUCCAAAAACAUUCAACAUCAAUUCUAGAAAUUUAGUUUGUUAUGUUCGAGAAGAUAAAUUUUUACAUGAUAUGACAACAGAAUUAAUGUCCACAAUGGAUAGACCUGGUAAUAAUAGCGAGUCACAUCAUGAGCAUCAACGUAUUAUUAAAGAAGACCAAUUUGAAGAUGUAACAGAAAGAACGGAAGAUUUUCCUUCAUCCCAUGAAUAUCUUUAUAGUAAUGAAAAUAAUGGACCGUGUACAACAACCAUAUUGACAUCUUCUAAUUCAUUAUCUCCGAAUUAUCAGAAUAGUAUAAAUAUUCCAAUACCCAUCACAUGUUCAUCGAGUAUAACAGCUGUACACACUCAUCCUCACAAUAAUUCACAUCAUACAUCAUCAUCAACAACAAAUGUAAAUUCGACUUAUCUCCGUACGUCGCCGACUAAUAAUAUGUCCUCGUCUUCGUCUAUCGUUGGUCAGAAAUAUAUUAAUACAUCGCCAACAGAUUUAAAGACGCAUAUAAAAUAUCAAAAUUAUCAUAGCUAUAAUAGUCCACAAUCAAGUCAGGCUUCACAGCGUUCACCAAAAAAACUCGCGACCCAUGAUGAAACGGGGACUAGUGGUGUCUAUUCUGUAAAUCCUACUGGAACAGUAAUUUCUACUACAACACAUCCGACUAAACAUCAAUCGAUCAAUUCACUCUCCAAUUAUCACUCACAUCAUCCACAUUCACAUAGACAUAGUUCGGGUGAUGAUUCGGGUAAUGAAUCCCAAAAUGUAAUUAAUUCAAAUAAUACACCUCAUUUUGUCGUUGUGGCAAUUGAUUUUGGUACAACAUUUAGCGGCUAUGCAUUUGCAUUUACACGUGACGGUGGAGAUAUGAUACAUAUGAUGCGAAAAUGGGAAGGUGGUGAUCCUGGAGUUAUCAAUCAAAAAACACCAACAACAAUAUUAUUAACACCAGAUGGCACAUUUCAUUCAUUUGGUUUUCUUGCACGAGAUUUUUUUCAUGAUCUUGAUCCAGAUGAAUCAAAAAAAUGGCUUUAUUUUGAAAAAUUUAAAAUGCAUUUGCAUUACACACAGGAUUUAAAUACUCAAACGUUAAUAGCCGCAAAUAAUGGACGAAAAGUACCAGCAUUAACAAUCUUUACUUAUGCAUUAAGCUAUUUUAAAGAUCAUGCUUUGCGGGAGCUAAGCGAUCAAUCAGGCACAAGAUUUGUAAAUGAAGAUGUACGUUGGGUAAUUACAGUUCCAGCUAUUUGGAGACAACCGGCAAAACAAUUUAUGCGUGAAGCAGCCUAUCAGGCUGGAAUAGCAUCACGAGAAUUUCCUGAUCAGUUAUUAAUUGCAUUAGAACCAGAAGCUGCAUCGAUUUAUAUUCGAAAACUGAGAAUGCAUCAAUUUAUGCCUGAUGAACCGUACACCCGCACAAUAACAAGACGAGACCAUUUUCCAUCAUCAUUGUUUUCAGAUCAGUCACCGGUGAUUGCCAACUCUGAGAAAUUGUCGACAGACCAUGAAUCUCACAUAAGUAGUACACUUGAAUUAAUGUUAGAGAGAGGUACUCGUUAUAUGGUUGUUGAUUGUGGUGGAGGUACUGUGGAUAUAACUGUUCAUGAAUUAGAUACUAAAUUAGGAACAUUGAAAGAAUUGUAUAAAGCAACUGGUGGACCAUUUGGUUCAGUUGGUGUUGAUCAAGAAUUUGAAAAAUUAAUGAACACAAUAUUUGGUAUUGAAGUAAUGGAAGAGUUUAAAAUGAAACGUCCAGCGGGUUAUGUUGACUUAAUGAUUGCAUUUGAAGCAAGAAAACGAACAGCGAGUCCAUACAAAAAUAAUCCAUUAAAUAUAUCAUUACCAUUUUCAUUUAUUGAUUUCUAUAAAAAGAAAAAGGUAUAA